AUGGCAAAUCUGAACUGUCCACGUUUGAUAACCGGUUAUGAAAAACGUUUAGUUCAACAAUACGAUACUCCUGAUUCCACGACAGAUCAUCAUCUCCAUUUUAGCGAUGAAGAUGAAUCCAGCGACGAAAGCGACGGAAAACAAGAGAUCGUCGGAAAAGCAUACAACGAUAAUGAGUUGUUUCUUGCUGUUCGCCAGAAUUCUCGAGUUAAUUUCAUGCCGGCCAAUAGGGUUCACAAGAAAUAUCCUCAGGCAACUAUCAAAUACUACACCAAAUUAUUGAAUGACAAUCAUCUAUUAUGA